AUGAGAGAACCCUCUAAGACAGGAAUAUCUCACUACAACUACAAAUAUCAGCCCAAAAGGAAUAAAGGAAUAGCAAAGUGUAGUUUCACCCUAGUUAAAAGAGGGUCAUUAAAUAGUCUGAAUAUCAAGAAGCAAGAAAAUGAAGACAUAAUGAAAGACCAGAGCUUCAGCUCUGACAAAUUUACUAUUGUACAAGAUAAUCAAGUUAGAGAGUAUGAUGAGUCAGAGUGUGAUGUAACAGUUGAUGAAACGAUUGGAAACAAGUUCAGCAGAAUUUUGAACACAAAUCGAGAAGAAGAUAAUAAACGGAUAAUGUCGUUAAUAUCAAAAUUCGACGAGAAAAAGCCAAACUACGAAUCGAUGAUUUGAACAACUCCUAAAAAAAUAGACAGAGAGGAUGUUGCAACUGAGCAAAGUGCCAAAACAAAAUUUAAAUACUUCGCAGGGAUAAAUAGAAAUAAAUCGAACAAAGAUUCAGGCGAACUAACAGACAAAGACAAACACCAAAAGCUCUCUGAAUGAAAUAAGAUUCAAGAUAAGAACUUAACUCUGGAAGAAAUACUAAAUUUAUCUGAACGAAAAGAUAACUAUUCUGGAGAAAGGUUCCAGAAUAUUAUUAAAAUUGCAAAAUAAUGAUCCGAUGUUUGAUCUUAACAGCGAACAGAAGCCAUCGAAUAUUCUUAGAAAAAUGGUCCAUAAAAUAGAAUCAUAUCAAGGAGGUGGAGCCGAAACAGAUGUUCUAGUUGAUGAGCUUCAAGAUAUGAUUAAGAAUUACAAAAAUUCAAAUCCCCACUCACUUGUUAAUGAAUUUGAAAACAAGAAAGCCCAAGUAAAGAAAAGUUCAGAAGCAAAGGCAGCCAGAAUAGAAUUUAAGAAAGUAGACUAUCACAAGAGUAUUGGGAGUAUGGGAAGAAAGAACAAGUUAGCAGGCUGCCACAUCUCAGAAGGAAUCAAGGCAUCUCAAUAUUACAAGCCAAAGAGAGUACUGUUUACUCUGGCUAAAGACUGUAAAACCAGAGCAAGGUUCAAAAAGAGUAAGCCGAGGAGAGUUGUCAGAUUUGACUGAGAGGAGGAAAAAUAGACUUGACGAUAAAGAAAAAUCUAAAAGAAAUAUCUUUGUAAGGUCCAAAUCUCUAGACAGAAAGUCAAUAGGCAGUGUGCCAGCCAUAGUAGUGGAAGUAAAAAGUGUUGAUAAAGUUCAACCACCUAAGCAGCCCGAGAAAAGAUUGCAUAAGAAUAAUUUAAGUGAGAAUAAAGAACCUCCAAAAGCAGCCGUUUGAGAUCUAUCGCUCUCAAACAAAAAGCAAGGAUGAAUGAAAUGGAAAUAAAAUUAAAGCAAACCAACGAAGAGAGUCGAGGUUUACAAGAAGUAUAGGUGGAGCAGAAACUAUCAGUUUAAAAGAACCUUUAUCAAGCAGAGAUAAUCGAAAAACUAAUUUCAUAAGAAUGGGCGGAGAAAGUUCUACCUCAGAUGAUGAAAAUUUAUCCUUUUCAAAGACCAAUUUUAAAUCAGAUACCAAAAGAAGGAAAUUCUUAAAUAGAUGAUAUCAAGUCGAAGCUAGACAUCUUUAUAGAUUAGAGAAAAGUAUGAAUAGAAGUGAGAAAAAGAGUCCAAAUAGAGAAUUAGUUUCUCUCUAUAAAGCUAUUCAAAGAGUGAACAAGGUAGACUUGUACGAAACAGUUAUAAAAGAAAAAAUAAUGGAGAGCAGAUGGGAUAAGUUUCUAAAUGAAGCAUAUACGAAUCCUUUCAGAUUCGGUAAAUAACAUUCUUAGUCAUUAUUC